UGCUUCCCAUCCCACGAAUACUCUCUCCGUCUCUCGGCUCCUCCAGAAGCUCCCAUCCACCUCACCCCAUUCUUUUAUUUCUCUCCUACCCCUCUCGUCAACGAGUGUCGCCAUCCUCACCUUCUUCUCACUUGUUUCCUGAGUUCCCACUUCGCUUCUCCAAGUAUCAAUCAACGUAAGUGAUAAUACUGGUUGCUCAUCAACUUGGUGGCGGGAUUCCACACUUCAUGUUGUUGGGGUUAAUCUUUGGAUGAUAAGAAAGUGAACUCUGGGAUGGCUGAACAAGUCUACACAGUUGCAUCGGAUAGUGAAACCACUGGUGAUGACAAAGUGCAAUUUGCUUUUCCUGAUCUUGCAAUUGGUAUUGAUAUUGGAACUUCAAAGUGUAGUGUUGCGAUAUGGAAUGGUACACAAGUGGAACUGCUUAGGAAUCCCAGAAACCAAAAGCUGAUGCGCUCUUAUGUUUUGUUCAAGGAUGAUAGUCCUUCAGGAGGUGUAAGCGAAGAACUUGCUCAUGGUGAGCAGGAGAUAUUCUCUGGAAGUGCAGUUUUUAAUAUGAAACGCUUUGUUGGAAGAGUGGAUACAGACCCAGUGGUUCAUGCCAGCAAGACUCUUCCUUUUCUGGUUCAGACUUUGGAUAUCGGUGUCAGACCAUUUAUUGCAGCUCUAGUAAAUAAUGUGUGGAGGUCCACCACACCAGAAGAAGUCCUUGCAAUCUUCUUGGUGGAAUUGAAAGCCAUGGCAGAAGUUCAACUGAAGCGUCAAAUCAGACAUGCUGUUCUAACUAUUCCAGUCUCUUUCAGUCGCUUCCAGAAAUCCAGGAUUGAGCGUGCCUGUGCAAUGGCAGGGUUGCAUGUCCUUAGGCUUAUGCCAGAGCCUACUUCUGUAGCACUUCUAUAUGCACAACAGCAGCAGCAAUCUUUACAUGAGAAUAUGGGUAGCGGCACUGAGAAAGUUGCUCUUAUAUUCAAUAUGGGUGCAGGAUAUUGUGAUGUUGCUAUAACUGCUACAGCUGGAGGAGUUUCUCAGAUCAAAGCACUGUUGGGUUGUACUGUAGGUGGAGAGGAUAUCCUUCAAAAUGUCUUGCGUCACCUUCUGCCAAACUUCGACACCUUCUGUGCUAAUCACAGUAUGGACAAGAUCAAAGCAAUGGGAUUACUGCGUAUUGCAACCCAAGAUGCAAUUCACAAACUCUCCUCCCAGCCCAGUGUGAACAUCGAUGUGGAUUUGGGUGAUGGAAAUAAAAUAUGCAAAACCUUGAAUUGCUCAGAGUUUGAGGAAGUGAAUGGCAAUCUGUUCGAGAAAUGUGAGAAACUUAUAAUGCAGUGUCUAGUUGAUGCCAAAUUGACUGCAGAAGACAUAAAUGAUGUCAUACUGGUCGGAGGGUGUUCCAACAUUCCCAAGAUCAGAAGUCUGGUGCUGGGGUUGUGCAAAAGAGAGAAUUUAUAUGAGGGUAUAGACCCACUGGAGGCUGCAGUCUGUGGUGCUGCACUAGAAGGAGCUGUUGCUUCAGGAAUUAGUGAUCCUUCAGGGAGCUUGGAUUUGCUAACCAUACAGGCAACCCCUCUGAACCUUGGCAUCCGUGCGGAUGGAGAUGGCUUUGCAACAAUCAUAAACCGGAACACAGCGAUUCCUGCAAGAAAGGACAUGCUGUUUACGACAGCGCAUGACAACCAGACGGAGGCCCUAAUUGCUGUUUAUGAGGGAGAAGGGAAGCAGGUGGAAGACUGCCAACUCUUGGGUUACUUCAAGAUCACUGGGAUUCCCCCAGCACCAAAAGGGGCUGCUGAGAUUAGUGUUUGCAUGGAUAUCGAUGCUUCGGAUGUGCUUAGAGUGUUGGCUGGUGUUAUUCUGCCAGGUACCCAGAGUACUGUUUCACCUUUCAUUGAAGUGAGAAUGCCAACACUGGGUGAUGGUCAUGGCUGGUGUGCACAGGCUCUUGCUAAAAUGUAUGGUUCUACUCUCGACCUAGCUACCAUUCCAAAGAAGUUGCAGUAGUGAGUAAUAUAAUGGCAAUAUGUUGUCUCCACUUUUUACUUCCUUACAAAAACGUGUGUUCGCUUCAUGGUUGGUUUAUGAUGAGACUUUUAGACCUGUUCUUGUUGUCUAAUUGUCCCUGUGGCUUAUAGCAUCUCAGUUCAAUCUGUUAUCACCACACUGAAUAUUGUUCACCUAUCAGUGGAGCUUCCUUUUCCACUAGCAAUUUUCAGAUUUUUCUUAAUUGGACUUGGUGGGUUGUAUUAAUGUCUAAUUGCAUGAAGCAAUGUUAUUCUCCCUGUCCAGUGUUUUUCUUCUGGUGG